AUAAAAUACUCUCUAUAACCAAAUCAUUUUUCUUAAAUUUACUUUUUGUUUUCUAACUGUUUCCAAACAUGAAUAAUACAUUAUAUGUGUUGGCAAUACUCCUCGUGUUCACAGUAUUCUAUACUUCAACGCCGGUUGAAGGUUACGCUUUAAUGAGAGUUGAUGGAGGUUUAAUGAAUUUUGGAUUGACAUCAUUUAUUGGAUUGUUUAUAAAUAUUCUCAAGUUUGCUCUUGUAGCCAUGGUAAACGUUGUUAGAGUUAUAUUUUUCCCUAAAUAUAUUUUCUCUAUGGUAGCGAAACUAAUUUUAUUUGGUCCAAUAAUUCUUAUUUGGAGAAUAGUAAAAAGUUUUGUGUCAACAAUUUUCGGAGGAUUAACGCAAUUAAAGAUAAAAUAA